AUGGCUAAUGCGGAGGAAGAUUAUCUACUCAUUAGAUCGAUCGGGGCUGCCUGGUCGUGGCAUCACGGCAUACUCCUGUCGAGGGCUGCGUCUCCAUCUACGAGCGUGAUCCCGACCGUCUUCACCCACCCACCCACCAUCACCCUGACGGUGGUCAGGCCGUUCAUGAUUCUUUCUUCGACGGCGAACACCCUCUGGUGGAAUUCAGGGGUAAGACGCCGAGAGCAGUCCAGAGCAAAAGGGAUCCCCACUUGGAGCUUCCACCGUGCACGCUGUGUGGAUGGUUCGUUCCACGCCGGUGGGCGGACUAAGCAAAGACGGGAAGUGCUGGUGUCGAUGACUGGUUCGAAUGUUUGCACCAACAAAACCACGAUGAUAAUUGCCGUGAUACAGCAGGGCCGCAGGUAA